CCAGCCCGCUGCCCGCUGCCCGCUGCCCUGCUCCGCCGCGGGGCCCUGUCUCUGAGCCUGGCCCCAUGGCGCUGCAGGCGCUGCAGAGCUCGGGGGUGGCCUUCCGCAGGAUCCUGUCUCACUUCCCCGAGGAGCUGAGCCUGGCUUUCGCCUACGGCUCCGGGGUGUACCGCCAGGUGGGGCCCAGUGCAGACCAGAAGAAUGCCAUGCUGGACUUUGUUUUCACAGUAGAUGACCCUGUUGCAUGGCAUUCAAAGAACCUGAAAAAAAAUUGGAACCAUUACUCUUUCCUGAAAGUUUUGGGGCCCAAGAUUAUCACCACUGUCCAGAAUGACUAUGGUGCUGGAGUCUACUAUAAUCCAUUCAUCAUGUGUGAUGGUAGGCUUAUCAAAUACGGAGUCAUUAGCACUAACAUUUUGAUUGAUGAUCUCCUCAACUGGAAUAACUUAUAUAUUGCUGGACGACUGCAAAAACCGGUGAAAAUCAUAGCAAUGAAUGAAAAUAUUGCUCUUAGGUCAGCCCUCGAUAAAAAUCUGAGGAGUGCUGUGACCACGGCUUUCCUCAUGCUCCCCGAAAGCUUUUCUGAAGAAGACCUCUUUAUAGAGAUUGCCGGACUCUCUUAUUCAGGCGACUUUCGGAUGGUGUUUGGAGAGGAUAAGACAAAAGUGUUGAAUAUUGUGAAGCCCAACAUAGCCCACUUUCGUGAGCUGUAUGGCAACAUACUGCAGGACAAUCCCCAAGUGGUGUAUAAAAUCCAGCAAGGCAGACUGGAGAUAGAUAAAAGCCCAGAAGGACAAUUCACUCAGCUAAUGACAUUGCCCAAAACCUUACAGCGACAAAUAAAUCAUAUUAUGGACCCUCCUGGAAAAAACAGAGAUGUGGAAGAAACUUUAUUACAAGUUGCUCAUGAUCCCGACUGUGGAGAAGUGGUGAGACUAGGGCUUUCAGCAAUUGUGAGACCUUCUAGUAUGAAACAGAGCACCAAAGGCAUUUUCACUGCUGGCAUGAAGAAAUCAGUGGUUUAUAGUUCACUAAAACUACACAAAAUGUGGAAAGGAUGGCUGAGGAAAACAUCCUGAUUGUGCUUGCUUUUAUAUGUGUUAUGUAUAGAUUAAUAAAGUGAUCCUUUUUGAC